AACAAAUUAACCUCGUUCGCAGUCUGCAGAGUCCCAACCUUGAAAGAGACACGCCAAGCAUCCCAUAAUUUGUCGUCUCUGGGAGCAUGGCGGUCACUGCAACAAAUAUGGCUAUUGUCGUGGGUGCACUCGGGGUUGUCUCUUUCAUAUUGGGCAUUGUAGCCGAAACUAAGAAGCCUGCAGCCGGAACCCCAAUACCCGGUAAAGGUGUGGUGAUUUGCCAGUACCCAGCGAGCCCGACAAUUGCCUUGGGAUAUCUCUCACUUGCGUUUCUUGUAGCUUCUACCGUCGUUGGCUACUUGUCACUCUUUUACCCUUACAAAGGCAAAUCCGUUCCAAAUUCCUCGCUCUUCAAAAGCUCUACCUUCACCGUCUUCUUUAACAUUUCUUUGUUUACAACUGGUCUAGGGGCAACAUUUCUGUUAUGGCCUACCAUUGAAGAACAACUUCACCUUUCACGCAAUGUGCAUCACAAUCUGGAAACAGAUUGCCCCACUGCUAAAACAGGCCUCCUGGGUGGUGGGGCUUUUGCGUCCCUUGACGCAGCUCUCUUCUGGUUAGUUACCCUUAUGCUAGCUAUCAAUGCACGAGAUGACUUCUUUGAUGACAUCGAUGAGGACUCCGUCAACGCUGAUCAUUCCAACGUUAUGUCAAGGUAUAUAUGAUGGUGAUGGUGAUGAUGAUGAUGUUGUGAUGUGGGUGUCAUUGAUGCUUGAAAACCAAGUAAUCGUGUCAUUGAUGCUUGUACAGCAGGCUGGGGGAUGGGUUAGUUGUCGUAAGGAAGCUAGUGGAUCUGUGACUUUCA